UCACACUGUCGCCCGCGCGUCCAUGUGAGCACCUAAAAAUCAGCCUGAAUGCGAGGAGAGAAGAAGGGCUGGUCCGCUUCGCAGAGACAUUUCUCCCUUGACAUCCUCCGAGAACGGCACUCGACUGGAGGCCGAAGCGGGACCUCAGUCAGAGAAGUGCAUUGAUCCCCCUCGCUCCUCAAUCGGCAACGAUGUCCGAAUUUAUCCUUGUCUUUCUCGUCGUUCUGGGAUUCGGGGAUAUAUAUUCACACGCUCAAGCACCCGGGGUCGUAGCACCAGAGUCAGAGCCCAUUCUGUGUGAUGUGGGGGAGUUUCUGUGUCAUGACCAGCUGACCUGUGUCUCAGAGAAGUGGCUCUGCGAUGGCGAGUCCGACUGCCCAGACGAGUCUGACGAAACCCUGGACCAGUGUGCAGCAGAGGUGAUUGUGCGAUGUCCACUCAACCACAUACAGUGCAUCGGCACAAGAAAGUGCAUCCACUUCAACAAGCUGUGCAAUGGAGCAAAAGACUGUCCAGACGGAUUCGAUGAGGGGGUGCACUGUAGAGAGUUGCUGUCAGCGUGUCAUGAGCUGCACUGUCGGUACGGCUGCAUCAUGAUGAGGAACGGCACCUUCUGCUUCUGCGCCGACGGCUUCGAGGUGGGGGAUGACGGCAAGAGCUGCAGAGACCAUGAUGAAUGUGAGGUGUACGGGUCGUGCAGUCAAUCCUGCGCUAACACGUAUGGCUCGUACAGAUGCAGUUGUGCAGAUGGUUAUACCCUCCAGGCAGAUGGAAGGUCCUGUACAGCCAAACAUGAGCCGGGUGGGGCCCCUCCAGUGCUCCUGCUUGGUACGACGGAUGGUGUGUCAGUGGCCCAGCUGGAUGGCUCACCGCCGCAAGCACUGAGGCGUCUGGAUGGAAACGGCACUGGCGGCCUGGACUUCAGCGCCGAUGACGAGUCUGUGUGCUGGGUGACGUCAUCCGGCGAAUCGACGGGCACGCACCUCCGCUGCGGACGCUUGAAGAAGCUCAGCGGUGUCUGGGGGGAGAGGGAGGUCAAGACCACACAGAGCCUGCGGAAUGUGGAGCAUAUGGCCAUAGAUUGGUUCACUGGAAACUUCUAUUUCAUGGACCGCGUGAGCGACAGGAUAUUUGUUUGUAACUCGGCAGGAGACACGUGUGUGACUGUCAUCGAUGUGGACCUGGUAAACCCAAAAAGCAUGGCUCUGGACCCAUCCGUAGGGAUGCUCUUCUUCACGGACUACGGGAGCACAGCGAAGGUUGAGAGGUGCAACAUGGACGGCACCAACCGGACCCGGAUAGUGGAUUAUAAAAUAGAGCAGCCGACAGCCAUCACACUGGACUUGGUUAAAAAGCUUGUGUACUGGGCUGAUGCCUAUUUGGAUUACAUCGAGGUGGUGGAUUACAACGGCAAGAACAGACUGACCAUCAUCCACGGGACACAGGUGUCCUACGUGUAUGGAUUAGCUGUCUUCGAGGACUACCUCUACGCCACCCAUGCCGAGGAUUCACAAGGGUCAGCCGUGGACGUCUUACGGAUACACCGGUUCAACGUCACCGACCCUCAGAUCCUGACCCAUGCGGGGAAUUCCAGGCUUAUUCAUGUUUACCAUAAGCUUAGGCAGCCAAAAGUCAGGAGCCACGCCUGUGAGAUGGACCCGUACGGGAAGCCCGGAGGCUGCGGGCACAUCUGCCUGCUGAGCGGGAGCUACAAGUCCAGGACCUGCCGCUGCCGCACCGGCUUCAGCCUGGGAGGAGACGGACAGUCCUGCAAACGGCCUAAGAACGAGCUGUUCCUGUUUUACGGCAAGGGACGGCCUGGGAUUGUCCGUGGGCUGGGGCUGAGUGCCAAGUCCAGCAGUGAGCACAUGGUCCCCAUCGAGGAUCUGGUCAACCCCAGAGCGCUGGACUACCACGCCGAAACAGGCCACAUCUACUUUGCUGACACCACAAGCUUCCUGAUUGGCCGGCAAAAGAUCGACGGGAGUGGCCGAGAAACAAUCCUCAACGAAGACCUGGAUAACGUGGAGGGAAUAUCAGUGGACUGGAUUGGGAAUAACCUGUACUGGACCAACGACGGCUAUAGGAAAACCAUCAGUGUGGCCCGACUGGAGCGGGCCGCAGAAACCAGGAAGACCCUUUUGGAGGGGGAUAUGUCACAUCCCAGGGCUAUAGUGGUGGACCCUCUGAACAGUUGGAUGUACUGGACCGACUGGGAGGAGGACGAGGUGAAUGAUAGCAUCGGCAGGAUAGAGAAGGCGUGGAUGGACGGCUCAAACAGGAGGAUAUUUGUGACGUCCAACAUGCUUUGGCCAAAUGGCCUCACCCUGGACCACGGCACAAGCUCUAUGUACUGGUGUGAUGCUUACUAUGACCACAUAGAGAGGAUCUACCUCAACGGCACAGGACGAAUGGUUGUUUACAAUGGCAAGGAGCUGAAUCAUCCUUUCGGGAUCUCCCACUACCGGAGUUCCAUCUUCUGGACGGAGUACAUGAACGGCUCUAUCUUUCAACUGGACCUGAGCUCUGGAGAUGUCAACCUGCGGAGGAGUGAACGGCCUCCACUCUUCGGCCUCCGUGUGUUUGAUGCUCAGUCUCAGAUAGGUGACAAUGCCUGUAGGGUGAACUAUGGGGGUUGUAGUACCCUCUGUUUGCCCAUCCCAGGGGCGAGAGUGUGUGCUUGUGCUGACAACCAGCAGCUGGAUAAAAACAAUGUCACCUGCACUGCGUCGUCCGGGGAGACAACUCCGCAGAGGUGUCUUAACGACGAGUUCCAGUGUCGAAACCAGCGCUGCAUCCGGAUCUCGUGGAAAUGCGACGGUGACGACGACUGUCUAGACAGAAGCGAUGAGGAUCACAAUGUCUGCUACAACCACAGCUGUCCCGCGGACCAGUUCAAGUGCCCGACUAAUCGCUGCAUUCCCAAGAGGUGGCUGUGUGACGGAACAGAUGACUGCGGGGACAACGAGGACGAGUCCAACUCCACCUGCUCAGUCUCUCGCCCAUGCCAGCCUGGCCAAUUCUCCUGUGACAACGGUCGCUGCAUCCCGGAAGUGUGGCGCUGUGACCAGGAGGAUGACUGUGGGGACAAGUCGGAUGAGACGACGUCAUGUGUGUUCCCUACAUGCGACCCACUCACCCAGCUCAGCUGUGCCAACGGAAGGUGCAUCAGUGUGAAAUGGCACUGCGAUUCAGAUGACGACUGCGGCGACGGCAGUGACGAAGCGGACUGCGCUCAGUCCUGCUCCAACACUCAGUUCCGCUGUACCAGUGGACGCUGCAUCCCCAACAACUGGGCCUGCGACGGAGACAACGACUGUGGCGACUUCAGCGACGAGAACGCCACCUGCUCUGGCGCCAUGCCUGCCUUGCCCCCCAUGGUGGUGGAGUGCAGCGAGGAGGAGUUCCAUUGCCGUGCCGACGAGACGUGCAUCCCGGAGCGCUGGCGCUGCGAUGGAGACAAGGAUUGCGAGGACGGCAGUGACGAGACCAACUGCCAGGGUACCAGGAGGAUGUGCGACCCUGUUGCCAAGUUCACCUGCAAGAGCACAGGGAAGUGCAUCAGCAAGAGCUGGGUGUGCGACGGCGACAGCGACUGCGAGGACCGCUCGGACGAGGAGGCGUGCAGCGAUGCCAUCUGCAAGCCUCCCGGGCACCCCUGCGCCAACGACACCUCCUCCUGCCUGCCCCCUGAGAAGAUCUGCGACGGCAGGAGGGACUGCGCCGACCAAUCAGACGAAGGCCCCUUCUGUGACAAAUGCAGGCAGGCCAAUGGCGGCUGCAGUCACCAGUGCUCCGUUAUCCCAGGCAAGGGGGCGGUGUGCUCCUGCCCCACAGGCCUCCAUCUUGGAUCCGACAACCGCAGUUGCGAGGUGGUGGACUACUGCAGCAGGCACCUGAAGUGCAGCCAGCGGUGCGAGCAGCAGAAGACAGUGGUGAAGUGCUCCUGCUACCCGGGCUGGGGCCUGGGGCCGGAUGGAGAGAGCUGCCACAGCACAGAUCCCUUCGAGCCGUUCAUCAUCUUUUCCAUCCGGCACGAGAUCAGACGCAUCGACCUCCACAAGCGGGACUACAGCCUGCUGGUGCCGGGCCUGAGGAACACCAUCGCCCUGGACUUCCACUUCAACCGCAGCCUGCUCUACUGGACCGACGUGGUGGAGGACAAGAUCUACCGCGGCAGGCUGUCAGACACGGGAGGUGUGACGGCGAUUGAGGUGGUUGUCCAGCAUGGUCUGGCCACUCCAGAGGGGUUGGCGGUAGACUGGAUCGCUGGGAACCUGUACUGGAUCGACAGCAACCUGGACCAGAUCGAGGUGGCCAAACUUAACGGGGACAUGCGCACCACGCUGAUUGCGGGAGGCAUGGAGCACCCAAGGGCUAUUGCAGUGGACCCAGGGGAAGGAAUCCUGUUCUGGACAGACUGGGACGCCACAUUCCCACGUAUCGAGGCAGCCUCCAUGAGUGGGAGCGGCAGACAUGUGGUGUUCAGGGACAUGGAGAUUGGCGCCUGGCCAAACGGCCUCACGCUGGACCACCAGGAGAGGAGGAUGGUGUGGACAGAUGCCCGCUCUGAUGCCAUCUACUCGGCCUUGUACGACGGCUCGGGGGUUAUCGAGAUCCUGCGGGGCCACGAGUUCCUGUCACACCCGUUCGCCGUCUCCCUCUUCGGGGGCAGCGUCUACUGGACAGACUGGCGGACCAACACUCUGGCACGCGCCAACAAGUGGACGGGCCACAAUGUGACGGUCAUCCAGAAGACCAGCGCUCAGCCCUUCGACCUGCAGAUCUACCAUCCCAGCAGGCAGCCCCAAGCAUCCAACCCAUGCGAGGGCAACGCCGGCAGAGGUCCCUGCUCUCACCUGUGCCUGAUCGACUACAACCGCACUGCCUCCUGCGCCUGUCCCCAUCUCAUGAAGCUGGCACCCAACAAGCGCUCCUGCACUGCACUGAAGAAGUUCCUUCUGUACGUGAGACGAACAGAGAUCCGUGGCGUGGACCUCGAGAACCCAUACCUGAACAUCAUGACCGCCCUGACAGUCCCCGACAUCGACGACGUGACAGUGGUGGACUACGACGCCCAAGAGGAGCGGAUCUACUGGGCCGACGUCAAGACCCAGACCAUCAAGCGGGCUUUCAUCAACGGAACCAUGCUGGAGACUGUUAUCUCUGGAGACAUAGUGAACUGCCGUGGCUUGGCGUUGGACUGGCUGUCUAGGAACAUGUAUUGGCUGAGCUCGGAGAACGACGAGACCCAGAUCAAUGUGGCCCGUCUGGACGGCUCGUUAAAAGCCACCGUCAUCCACGGCAUUGACAAGCCACGCUGUCUCGCCGUGCAUCCCACCAAAGGCAAAAUCUACUGGACAGAUGGGAGCACCAUAAACCUGGCCAACAUGGACGGCAGCAACAGGAAGGUGCUUCAUCAGAAUCAGAGGGACCCAGUUGGUCUCUCUAUAGACUUCUCGGCCAGUAAACUCUACUGGAUAAGCUCGGCCAAUGGGACCAUCAACAGGUGCAGCCUGGACGGCAGUGGAUUUGAAGUCAUGGAAACCAUGAAGAGGGAGCUGACCAAAGCCACGGCGCUGGCCGUCAUGGGUGGCAGACUGUGGUGGGCAGACGAUGACUUGGCCCAGCUUGGCACCGUUGCCAAGAGAGACGGGCGCAACAUGGUCGUGCUGAGGAACAAGACCAGCGGCGUUGUCCACAUGAAGGUGUACGACCGAGACGGUCAGAAAGGACGGAACCCCUGUCAGGUGAACAAUGGCGGCUGUGCCCAGCUGUGUCUGCCCACCUCCGAGAGCUCACGCAGCUGCGCCUGCACCGUGGGCUACAAUCUGCGCACUGACCGCAUGUCCUGCGAAGGUGUGGGCUCCUUCCUGAUGUACUCGGUACACGAGGGGGUGCGUGGCAUCUCACUGGACCCCGGCGACACCUCGGAGACCCUCAUGCCCGUUACUGGCACACUGUUCGCCGUCGGCGUCGACUUCCACGCAGCCAAUGACACGAUCUACUGGACGGACAUGGGGAUGAAUCGCAUCUCGCGGGCCAAGCGAGAUCAGACGUGGAAAGAAGACAUCAUCACAACGGGCAUCAGCCGAGUGGAGGGCAUCGCCGUCGACUGGAUCGCUGGAAACAUCUACUGGACGGACCAUGGCCUCAAUCUGAUUGAGAUUGCCCGCCUGAAUGGUCUGUACCGCUCGGUGGUGAUCUCCGAGGGUCUCGACCAACCCCGAGCUAUCGCCGUGCACCCACAGAGAGGGUACCUGUUCUGGACGGAGUGGGGCAAGAACCCGUGCAUCGGCAGGGCCCGUCUGGAUGGUUCCGAUCAAGUCACCAUGGUCACAACUGGCAUAGGUUGGCCCAACGGGAUCUCCAUCGACUUUGAGGAAAACCGAUUAUACUGGUGCGAUGCCCGCACAGACAAGAUCGAGCGCAUCGACCUUGAGACCGGCGAGAGCCGCGAGGUCGUGCUGUCCGCCGCUAACGUGGACCUGUUCUCCGUGGCCGUCUUCGGAGCCUACCUCUACUGGUCCGACAGAGCCCAUGCCAACGGCUCCAUCCGCAGAGGAGCCAAGCGCGAUGCCUCAGACGUGGUCACCAUGAGGAGUGGCCUGGGAGUCAACCUGAAGGACGUCAAAGUCUUUAGUCGAGGCCGGGAGAAAGGAACUAACCCGUGCGCCCGUAGCAACGGUGGCUGCCAGCAGCUCUGUUUCCACCUGGGCAGUGGACGACGCACCUGUGCGUGUGCCCACGGCUACCUGGCGGAAGACGGCUUCGCCUGCCAGCGAUACGAGGGCUACCUGCUCUACUCGGAGCGCACCAUCCUGAAGAGCAUCCACUUGUCGGACGAGAGUGACCUCAACUCGCCCGUGCAGCCCUUCGAGAACCAGGCCUACUUCAAGAACGUCAUCGCCCUGGCACUGGACUAUAGGCAGGAGACCGCCGGCAGCAACCGCAUCUUCUUCAGUGACAUCCACUACGGAAACAUCCAAAUGGUCAACGACGACUGGACAGGAAGGAGAAUCAUUGUUGAAAACGUGGGGUCAGUGGAGGGCCUGGCCUACCACCGCGCCUGGGACACCCUCUACUGGACCAGCUCCACCACCUCCAGCAUCAGCAGGCACGGUGUCGACCAGAGCCGCAACGGGGCCUUCAACCGAGAAGCCGUCGUCACCAUGUCCGAGGACGACCAUCCGCACAUGCUCGCGCUGGACGAGUGUCAGAACCUAAUGUUUUGGACUAACUGGAACGAGCAGCGACCAAGCAUCAUGCGCUCAACGCUCGCCGGCAACAACAUCAAGGUGAUCGUCAGCCUGGACAUCUUCACACCCAAUGGCCUCACCAUUGACCACAAAGCCGAGAAGCUCUACUUCUCCGACGGCAGCCUGGGCAAAAUCGAGAGGUGUGAAUACGACGGUUCAAACCGACAGGUUAUUGUGAGAUCUGGACCUGGGACCUUUUUCGGGCUGGCCAUCUACGGAGACUACAUAUUCUGGUCAGAUUGGGCCCGUCGGGCCGUGCUGAGGUCUAACAAGUUCACUGGGGGCGAGACCAAAGUUCUGCGAGCAGACAUUCCUCACCAGCCCAUGGGCAUCAUCGCCGUGGCCAAAGACACCAACAACUGUGAGCUGUCUCCAUGUCGAGUGCAGAAUGGAGGCUGCGGUGACCUUUGCCAUCUGACCCCCAAUGGGGUGGUGAACUGCACCUGCAGGGGGGAGCGGAUCCUUCUGGACGACAACAGAUGUGUCUCUGAGAAUUCCUCCUGCAACGUUCACACAGAGUUUGAGUGUGGGAACGGGGAAUGCAUCGACUACCAGCUCACAUGCGACGGAAUAGCCCACUGCAAAGACAAGUCAGAUGAGAAAAUGCAAUAUUGUGACAACAGAAGCUGCAGGCGAGGCUUCCGCCCCUGCUACAACAGACGCUGCACGGCCAACAGCCGCUUCUGUGACGGCGCUGAUGACUGUGGUGACAACUCUGAUGAAGCUUUCUGCAACAAUGUCACGUGCGCCUCUUCCGAAACCUCUUGCCAAGACGGGGCCUGCGUUCCGAGCUCCGCCUGGUGCAACCAGGUCAUCGACUGCGCCGACGCCUCCGACGAGAAGAACUGCAAUAACACUGAGUGCUCAGACUUCUUCAGGCUGGGUGUGGCGGAGCAGGGCUUCGUCAGCUGCAAUAGCACGUCCCUGUGCGUGCACCCGUCCUGGAUCUGCGACGGCGCCAAUGACUGUGGCGACUACGCUGAUGAGACCAACUGCCAGGUGACCCAGGGGAGCCAGUGUGAGGAGGGUCACUUUGCCUGCCCCAGUGGCAACUGCAUCUCCAGCGUGUGGCUGUGUGACGGACAGAAGGACUGCGAGGACGGAGCCGACGAGUUCCAGUGUGACUCAUCAUGCCUGUGGAACCAGUUUGCCUGUUCCAAGAACAAAUGCAUUGCCAAGCAGUGGUUGUGUGAUGGAGAGGACGACUGUGGUGACGGAGUGGAUGAAAGCGAGGAGAUGUGUGGCUCAGUGACCUGUGCCCCCGGCCUGUUCAGCUGCCCAGGCUCCUACGCCUGCGUGCCCAAGCGCUGGCUCUGUGACGGAGAGAGGACUGCCCCGAUGGGCAGUGACGAGUUGGCAGCGGCCGGCUGCGCCCCUAACAACACCUGUGACGAGAAUUCCUUCCGUUGCCGGAACAAAGCGUGCAUUCCCAAGCGCUUCGUCUGUGACCAUGACAACGACUGCGGCGAUGGCUCCGACGAAUCAGUGGAGUGUGUGUAUCGUUCCUGUGGUCCAGAGGAGUUCCGCUGUGCUGACGGCCGCUGUCUCCUGAGCGCCCAGUGGGAGUGCGACGGCCACCUCGACUGCCCCGACCACUCCGACGAGCUCCCCCGGAACCUCAAAUGCCUUGCCGCAGAGAGCCUGUGCAACGGCUCCUUCUUCAUGUGCUCCAACGGCCGCUGCAUCUCGGAGAGCAGCCUCUGCGACCAGAAGGACGACUGCGGUGACCGCUCGGACGAGAAGAACUGCAACGUCAACGAGUGCCUGAACCGGCGCGUCAGCGGCUGCACGCAGGACUGCCAGGACCGGACUGUAGGCUACAAGUGUAAGUGCUGGCCAGGCUUUCGCCUGAAGAACGACGGCAAGACGUGCGUGGACGUCGACGAGUGCACCUCCACGCUGCCCUGCAGUCAGACCUGCGUCAACACCUACGGCUCCUACAAGUGCUCAUGUGUGGACGGCUACGAGGCCAACAAAAACAACCCAGACAGCUGCAAGUCCAUCUCAGCUGAGGAGCCUCUUCUCAUCCUUGCCGACCAUCACGAAAUCAGGAAGUUGAGUAUUGAUGGAUCCAACUACACGCUGCUCAAACAGGGCCUGAACAACAUCAUCAGCAUAGACUUUGACUAUAGGAAAGAGUUUAUCUACUGGAUAGACUCCACCAGACCCAGCGGACGCAAGAUCAACCGGAUGCGUCUCAAUGGCAGCGACCUUAAGAUUGUUCACAGAACGGCCGUCCCCAGCUCGUUGGCGGUGGACUGGAUCGGGAAGAACCUUUACUGGUGUGAUGUUGAGAGGAAAACCCUGGAGGUGUCCAAGUCCAACGGUCUGUACCCCACUGUGCUGGUCAGCACUGGAAUGAAGAACCCUACCGAUAUCGCCUUGGAUUCACAGAUUGGGUAUGUGUUUUGGAUCGACUGUUGUGAAAACUCACACAUCGGGCGAGUGGGCAUGGAUGGACGUGGACAGGUGGUUAUCAUCGACAAGGAGAUCUAUAGCCCCACUGCCCUGGCCAUCGACUACACUAACAAGAGGCUCUACUGGGCCGACGACAGCCACAUUCUUUUCGCAAACAUGGACGGAACGCACAGGCACAAGGUCCCCCAUGAUCACAUCCAGACGGUGAUGGGCUUGACCCUGUUUGAGGACUUCAUCUACUGGACAGACGGCAAGUCCAAGUCCCUGCGUCGCGCACACAAGACCACGGGCGAGCACAGUAUGGAGCUUCUCAACUCCUGGCAGGCCAUUGAGUCCAUAACGGUGUAUCACCCAUUACGCCAGCCUGAAGUUCAGAAGCACCAGUGCCAAGUGGCCAACGGAGGGUGCAGCCACCUGUGCCUGUUGUCUCCAGGUGGUGCACACAGGUGUGCCUGCCCCACUAAUUUCUACCUGGCGGCCGACAACAAGACCUGCCUGUCCAACUGCACCGCCAGCCAGUUUCGCUGUGGAACAGAUGAGUGUAUUCCCUUCUGGUGGAAGUGCGACACCGUGGACGACUGCGGGGACGGCUCGGAUGAGCCUGCGGACUGCCCGGAGUUUAAAUGUCAGCCGGGGCGCUUCCAGUGUGGCACGGGUCUUUGUGCCCUCCCGCCCUUCAUCUGCGAUGGCGAGAACGACUGCGGCGACAACUCGGACGAAGCCAACUGUGACACGUACAUCUGCCUGUCAGGGCAGUUUAAGUGCACGCGGAAACAGAAGUGCAUCCCACUCAACCUCCGCUGCAACGGCCAGGACGACUGCGGAGACGGCGAGGACGAGACCGACUGUCCCGAGAGCACGUGCUCCCCGGACCAGUUCCAGUGUAAGACCACCAUGCACUGCAUCUCCAAGCUGUGGGUGUGUGAUGAGGACCCGGACUGUGCAGACGGCUCCGACGAGGCCAACUGCGAUGAGAAAACGUGCGGACCUCACGAGUUCCGCUGCGAGAACAACAACUGCAUCCCGGACCACUGGAGGUGCGACAGCCAGAACGACUGCGGAGACAACUCAGACGAGGAGAACUGCAAGCCAGUGACCUGUAACCAUAAGGACUUUGCCUGUGCUAACAGCGAUUGCAUCUCAGCACGCUUCCGUUGUGAUGGCGACUAUGACUGUGUCGAUAAUUCGGAUGAGAAGGACUGUGAGACGCGCUGUGCUGAGGACCAGUUCCAGUGCCACAACAACCUGUGCAUCUCCCUCAAGUGGCUCUGUGAUGGCCAGGAGGACUGCAAGACCGGCGAGGAUGAGAGGGACUGCCAGGAGACAGAGACAGUGGUUCCCUCCUGUUCCCUGAACGAGUAUGUGUGCGCCAGUGGGGGGUGUGUGCUAGCCAGCCUGCGGUGUGAUGGACAUGACAACUGUCUGGACGGAUCUGAUGAGAUGGAUUGCGUGAAGGAGUGCAAGGAGGACGAGUUCCUGUGUCGGAAUCAUGCCCACUGUAUUCCGAAGAGGUGGCGCUGCGAUGACGUCUUUGACUGUGUGGAUCACAGCGAUGAAGAAAACUGUGAACAGGGUGCUUUCUUCUGCCGGCCAGACGAGUUCAUUUGUAACAACACGCUGUGUAAGCUGCACGCAUGGGUGUGUGACGGAGAGGACGACUGCGGAGAUAACUCAGACGAGAGCUCAGACAUGUGUGCAAAACUUCCGUGCCCCCCUACCAGGCCUUACAAGUGCAGGAACGGACGUGUGUGCCUGCGCCUGGACCAGGUCUGCAACAAAGUGGACAACUGUGGCGAUAACUCCGACGAGGACGAAUGUGAGGUGAUAUCGGGCCGACCCAAACCGUGUGGGAAGACAGAGUUUACAUGCGCCAACCAGCGCUGUGUCCCCCUGCAGCUCCAGUGUGAUUUGUUUGAUGACUGUGGAGAUGGAUCAGACGAAAGAGACUGCAAAGCCAUCUCAAGCGGAGAUCUAUGCGGGAAGAGGAACAACCCGUGUGGGGAGGAGGCUGUUUGCAAUCAGACAAACACCAAUGCAAUUUGCCAGUGCAAGCCUGGCUUUGUGAGGAAUCAGAGCAGCAGGCAGUGUGAAGAAAUUGAUGAGUGCCUGCAAUUUGGCUCUUGUUCCCAUUAUUGCACAAACACUAAGGGAUCCUAUAAGUGCACUUGUGACCGUAACUUUAAAGAGAUCAAUGGGAACUGUGUAGCAAAAGGACCAGAAGAUCGAGUGCUCAACCUAGCUAAUGACACUGAAAUCCGAAGUUUUGUGUAUCCAUUUAACCAGAGCCAUGGACACAAACUGCUCACUCGCAUCGAGGAAAAUGCCCGCAUCAUCGGGAUGGAUGCUCUGUUGCAUCAACAAAAGUUUAUCUGGGCUACCCAGUUUAACCCGGGUGGACUUUUUUACAGAGAAAUGUCUGACAGAAGUCAGAUUAAAACUAAUGUCGGGAUCAUAUGUCCAGACUUCAGGAGACCCAGAGACGUGGCGGCCGACUGGGUGACGGGAAACAUAUAUUGGACAGAUCACUCACGGAUGCACUGGUUCAGCUAUUACACAGCCCACUGGACCAAACUGAGAUACUCGAUUAACGUGGGUCAACUCAAAGGGCCCAACUGCACCCGGCUGAUAACGGACAUUGCAGGCGAGCCGUACGCCAUCACAGUCAAUCCAGCCAGAGGAAUGAUGUACUGGUCAGUUAUCGGUGACCGGUCACACAUUGAAGAGUCUGCUAUGGAUGGCUCUUUACGCAGGGUACUUGUGGAUAAGAAACUUAGGAGACCCACAGGUCUGGCUAUUGAUUACUUCAACCAGCGUCUGUACUGGGCCGAUGCAGAGCUGGCCACCAUCGGCAGUGUGCGGUUUGAUGGCUCUGAUCCCCAGGAGUCAAUCGGGGGCAAACACGGGAUCCCCAAUCCAUAUCGAAUCGAUUUGUUUGAGGACUUCAUCUACGGAACGGGCCUGAAGAACGAGGUCUUCAGGAUACACAAGUAUGGGAAAGGUCCCAUGGAGCUUCUCGAUCUGGGAGUCGAGAAGGCCACAAACAUCAUGGUGUCCCAUCGGUACAAGCAGCAGGAGGGAUUGGCGAACCCCUGCCUGAAGAUGCUCUGCAGCUUCAUGUGCCUGCUCAACCCCACAGGCGCCAGGUGUGUGUGUCCAGAGGGCAAGGCCCUCAUCAACGGCUCCUGCACUGACCCCAACAUCUCAGGAGAUCUGUGUCGGCCGGCCUGUGAGAACGGAGGCCGGUGCCUGGCCAAUGAGAAGGGGAGCAUGCGCUGCUACUGCUGGCCAGACUUCUCCGGGGAGAGGUGUGAGGUCAACCACUGCACUGACUACUGCCUCAACGGAGGCACCUGUGUGGGUUCCCCUCUAGGCCGGCCCACGUGCCGCUGUGCCAUGGGAUUCACCGGCGUCAACUGCGAGCGCCGCGUCUGCGACAAUCACUGCCUGAACGGCGGCACGUGUGAGGUCAGCACUGGCAACCAGCCCACGUGCCGUUGCCUGGCCGAGUACACUGGGGACCGCUGCCUCUACCACAUCUGUCAUCAUUACUGCGUGCACUCCAAGGCCUGCACCCUGUCCAGCUCCGGCCAUGUGGAGUGUGUGUGUCCUGCCAGGUACGAGGGCAACAAGUGCGACGUUGACAAGUGCCAGAGGUGUCACGGAGCUCCAUGCAUAAUAGAUAGCGACACCGGGGAGGUGGCCUGCAACUGCACGACGGGCAGAAUAGCACCCAGCUGCCAGCUCUGUGAUGGCUACUGCUACAACGGGGGCACCUGUCACCUGGAUCCAGACACAAAUCUGCCCUUCUGCCACUGCACAGCUAGCUUCAAGAACCAGCGCUGCGACGAGCGGGCCAACCAGUGUGAUUACUACUGUCAGAACGAGGGGAUAUGCACAAUAACAGCCUUUAACAAACCCCACUGCAAGUGUUCUGCAAACUGGUCAGGUACACAGUGUGAGAGGCCGGCACCUAAGAGCAGUCGCUCUGACAACACCAGCCCAGGAAGCAUAGCAAUCAUUGUGCCACUAGUGCUGCUGGUGAUUCUGAUAACAACCGUGGUGGCCGGUGUGUUGAUCUGCAAAAGAAGGCAAAGGGGCAAGCGAGUCCAGAGGCAGCCUAUGACCAACGGAGGGCUGAACGUGGAGAUUGGCAACCCGUCCUACAACAUGUACGAGGUGGACCACGACAACCACGCCGACGCCGCGGGCAGCCUCCUCAAGCCCAACUUCACUCUAGACCCGCACAAGGGCUGGUGUGUGCAAUCCAGUGACCCUCGUACCAUCAACAUUCACACAGUCCAAAAAGAAGUCAUACCUGGACAGCCUAUGAACUACUCGAACCCUGUCUACGCGAAGAUCUACCUGGACGGCCAGAACUGUCGGAAGCCAGUCAUCAACAUUGAUGAGCGGAGAGAGCUACUCCCAAAGAAACUAGAGGGCGCUAUUCGAGAGACUGCCGCAUAGCCUGACUUUACGCUUUCUACUCCUUUUUUACGUCCGUGUAAAAAGUGUAAAAAACAAAAAACAAAAAUAAACAAAUGGAGGGGGAUAAAGACAAGAUUUUUUGUAUUUCCUAUCAGGUUGGGAUAACUCAUUUAGGUUUGUUUUGACAUCAGCAUUACCUCUGUGUCUCUGUGUUCACAGCCCUGGACGUAAUAUUUGUCUGUUAUAUUUGUUUCUGUUUUUAUUUUCUCUGUUUGUUACUUGUUUUUUUUUUUUUAAUGGACAUACGUAUACUGCAUUAUAUAUGAUGUUGAUAUAAGAAGCUGCUCAUUUGCAAAUUACCUUACUUAUAUAAGUAAACCACAGUAGCAAAUGAAAUCUAUUCGGUUUUUCAUGUUGUGUUAUGAAAUUAGCUUUUGCUAUGUGGGACAAUAACUUGCUUUCAUGGCUUCCUGUAACUGCAGUUUCUACAAGGGUUAUUUUACUUUGACAACAGCACUUGUUUAAUUGUGCUCUGUUGUGUUAUACUGAGAAUUCAAAGCAAAUGUAUUUUUUUUGUCUCAAAUGUUUGGUCACAUAUCACUUUUUUCCCGUUUAGCUUUUCCUUCAUCCACAUGCUUUUUUGUUUAAACAAUGGCUGUGGUCAUGGUUCGAACGACCUCGCUAUAGCCAAGCUGUUGUGGUCCAGCUGUGUUGAAUGAACAAACACACAAACAAACCAACCUCUGUUCAGUCUCCAAUGCAUUGUUUGGCUUUGUCCAGGAUGAUAUAAAAAAGAAGAAAUGCUGCAUAAAUCCCACGUUUAUAUCCAGUCCAGUCAAGGGAUAUUUUUAAGCAGAUUCAGUUUUACACUGUCAUGUGUUUUCUCUCUCUCUCCCCCUAAGCCUUUAAACCGGUGUGAUGCCAUAGAAAAAGCUCAAAUACAUUGUUAAUGGAAAUGUACAGCGUCCAUAACGAUAACUGACUCUUUUGAUUCUUUUGGUGUCAGCCAUCAGCCACCUUGGAAAUCAGCCUGUUAAAAAUGAGCACAUGUGAAUAGUAUGUUGAGACAUCUAGACUGCUCCAAAUGUCCCCUAAUGGCUCAAAGCGACUGGAACCCGAGAGUAUUCUCUACAUAAUGACUGCUUGUGUAAGUGAAAGUAUCUGCUUAUAUCCAGCACAGUGUUUCACCCAUCCACCAUACGCUUAGGGCUGAGCUACACCAGGCACGUAACUGAAGCGUUCUGUUCGUGUUGUGUCUGCUGCAACAAUUAGCUUCCACUAUACAAUCAAUGGAUGUAGCUACACCAGACGUGAUAGCGGUGCGUACGUUCGAAAAAAAAUAGACCAUUUGUCUAAAAUGGAUCUUACGCGUUGUGAACGGAACGCUUCAGUUACGCGCCUGGUGUAGCUUCCCUGUUACUACACAUUAAGAUUACUUGGAGAGGACUUGACAUGACCUUACUGUUACAUGGCAAUUUUAGAGUAUUAUAUAUGAAGUCAUUUCAUCUGCUCCUCCAGAAAGAAAGGCGGAUGAACAGAACAGAUUUUAUAAUUUUGUAUUUGAUUUGUAUGUCGUUUGGCUGCUUGUAUUUUGAAGAACUGUAUUAAAUGUAAGUACUUUUAUAUAUAAAAAAGUGAAUCAAUAUAAAAUAAAGGCAUUUUAUUUCCA